GCUAUUUAAGAAGCCGCACAGGCCUGUCGCAGCCCUUGCCUUGGCCGCCUAGAGAGCGUGAGGAGGAUAGAGGGAAAGGUGGUGGUGCCGCAGCAGGGAUCAGGCCUCACCAAGCUACGAACAAAUUGAAAGAUCAGAAUGACUGAUGCUGAUGAAGCCAAGACUUCAGCUUUUGACCACUUUGAAGAUUCCCAAGAUCUAAUAUAUACUCCUCAAGAACAGUUUAAUGUGCAUGAACAUGUAACUGCAAGGAAUUCAUGUUUAGGCUCUGCGCAGAAAGAUUCUGCAUGUGAAAAAUCUUCACAGGAAUCCUACACCAGUGGUAGAUCUUCCAAAUAUUUCACCUACUUGACCACUGUUCCAACCAAUGCUCUGCUGGAUGACGACAAUUCGGAGAUUGACCUUUCUGAUUCUACUAGCAGCUUGAUCCAGCAUGAGUGUAACAGUACACCGGCAGCUCGAAGUUCAACAAGACACUUGGUAAACUCUCCAGCAAAUACAUUAGACAGAGACACUUUGACUGAAUCCUCUCUAGACCCUGGGUCUCCAUUAAAGUUGGCCAAAUCCCCAGGGCUGUCUAGAUCUGCACUCAAUUUAAAAGCCAGUUUUGACUAUCACUUGAGGAGGAAGUAUAGGAGACAAGCACAUCAAAGAUGUAAGGAGAAACCAAAAGAGAGAGAGAAGAGGUACAAGAGCACAGGAAAACCUAGAGGGAGACCACGGCUAACUCUUUCACAAGAAGAGCAGAAAAAAAGACUUCUAGACAGAGGCUUUCAGUUUCCUUUUGUGGAAAAAGAAUAUGGAAGGAAACAUAUCCCCAUGAAAAUGAUUUCUGAAUAUGAGCAAGCAGCUUUAAAGGGAUAUUUCCAAUACAUUAAGAUGGUCAAAUGUGAAGAACAUCUCAAAAAGGCUUUAAAAAACCUGAAUGCUAGUGAGGAUUUAGAAAAUGAAAGUAUGGCAAUGCGGAAACACAAAUACAUAGAUGACGAAGGACCCAUUUCUCCUAUUCAGGAGACAAAUGGAGACGACCACAACUUGGAUCCUGAUCAAGAAGGAUUUGGUGCCACAAUAGUUGAGAACAGCUGUUUCAUAUUAAGCAGCAAACUUCCAAGCAAGAAAAAAUCAAAGACAAAAGCAAAGCAUGCAGAACUAAUCAGAGAAGAUGAAGAGGAGGAAGAACAUGCUGCUGAUGGGCCUGGGCCUGUACAGGAGAUACUACACAGAUCAGGAAACUAGUACAUCAUGGAAUCCCGUAAAUGCUGGUUGCCGUAACCCUGACUCUGAGCAUACAUAUCUUCAUAUGCUGCUCCACUAGUCAACAAAACAUCCACUUCAAACAAUGUUCAGCAUUCAACUUAAACUUUCAGUUAUUGCAAGUGAUUGCAUCAUCUAGGUUGUAAAUGUGUAACUUCAGUCUCCUUUGGGCAUGAACAUGGCAAACAUCCCCUCACUGUGGUUUGAAAAACUUCAUGCUGGAUUUGGGAAUGGAGUCUUUGCUGGUUCAAUUGGCCUUUUUUGGAGAGAGAGAAAAAGGAACCAUUUUAGUUUAUUGCUACUGCAAGAGUUUCUGGAAUUUCCAAAAUGCAUUGAAAUCAGGAUGGAAAUACGUAGCUAGUUGGUGAAAAGGAGCAUUUCCUAUGGCAUUCUGACUGUAGAGACACAACCUGACUGCAGUCACUGUCAGGAAGAUCAUCUUCAUACCGAGAAGGGACUCCAAAUAACUGUGGAACACUCGGUCUCAAUCACAUUUUCUUCUCUUAUCUUGGUGGAGUACAUGUUUAGAAAGCAAGGCAAGUGAAGUGAUUACAAAGAAGCUUUGUCAACCAGAAAUUAGGAGAUGCCUGUUCACAAGGCACUAGCUUAGUUAACGCUCGACAUGGAUUGAAAAUCUUGUCACGAAAGGAAAUGGGCAAAUUGCUGGAGGGACUUCACUACACUACUAGACAGACCAGAUUUCAUUAUGAUGAAAGAAUUGUUUGGAAGACAGUAUCAUGACACCAACUUGUUCUCCUCAGAUGGUUGAUGGAAGAGCAAUUAUCAGAGGACUCUUGCAUUUAAAUGUAACUAAAGAAAACUGACAUUAGCUAAACUGCCUCUGAAUAGAGUGCUUUUCCUGGUUUAUCUUCAGGCAACUCUCACCUUGAUAAUUUAUCGCUUGAUACUAACCAAAUCUGACUCUACUUUAACCCCUUAGUGUCUAUUGCUGACAAAUCACUGACCAGAAAUCCCAAAUGAAGACCAGGAAUGAACAUGGAUAUGGAAAGGACUUUCUAGCUGUAUUGCAAAGGAAUCUCGGAUGAUGACCCAGCGCAUGCUGCUCAUUUUAAGAACACUCACGUCAGAUUUG